UAGCAACACAGACAGAUGGCUCCCUACCCGCAGCCCCAGCCGGUGGCAUACGGCCAGCCUGGAUACCCGCAGGGCGCCUACCCGGUUGCGGCACCCUACCCACAAGCGGCACCCUACCCUCAAGCACCCUACCCUCAGGCACCCUACCCCCAGGCGCCCUACCCACAAGGGCCCUACCCACAGGGGCCCUACCCACAGGGGCCCUACGCCCAGCCGCAUCCGGGAGUCGCCGUGGACCCAGACUCGCCCGUGCACAGCAACUACCAUGAGGACGGGCCGCCCUCCUACUAUGACAACCCGGAUUUCCCCCCCACCAACUGGGAGGACAAGACCAUCCGCCAGGCCUUCAUUCGCAAGGUGUUCCUGGUGCUGACCAUCCAGCUGUCGGUGACCUUUGCCUUUGUGGCCAUCUUCACCUUUGUGAAGGGCGUGAAGGGCUUUGUGCGGAAGAAUGUCUGGACCUACUACGUCUCCUACGUCUUCUUCUUCAUCUCCCUCAUCGUCCUCAGCUGCUGUGGGGAGUUCCGGCGCAAGCACCCCUGGAACCUUGUGGCCAUGUCCAUCCUGACCCUGAGCCUCUCCUACAUGGUGGGCAUGAUUGCCAGCUUCUACGACACGGACGCCGUCAUCAUGGCCGUGGGCAUCACGACCGUCGUCUGCUUCACUGUCGUCAUCUUCUCCCUGCAGACCAAGUACGACUUCACCUCGUGCCGAGGGGUGCUGAUCGUCUGCCUGGUGGUCCUGUUCAUCUUCGCCAUCCUUUGCAUCUUCAUCCGGAACCGCAUCCUGCAGAUUGUCUAUGCCUCCCUGGGCGCCCUCCUCUUCACCUGUUUCCUGGCCAUGGACACCCAGAUGAUAAUAGGGAACAAGCAGCUGGCCAUCAGCCCGGAGGAAUACAUCUUUGCAGCCCUCAACCUUUACACGGACAUUAUCAACAUCUUCCUCUACAUCCUGGCCAUCAUUGGGCGCGCCAAGGACUAGGCUGCCCUCUGACCCCUUCAGGGGCUAGUUCCUUCCAAGCCCUGUCUUUUGUUGUGGUUCUCCUCCCUUUUAUUCCCACCCCGUGGGGUCUCCCCCGCCCCGGUUUUUGUUGUGUUCCUGCCCGUCCCUUGAGUUUGAGUUCUUUGCCCCUUCCCCCUCCCUGUCUUGUGCUUUUCUGGGGAAGGAUACCUGAAAAGAAGGGGGAGUCCAAGGUAGCCAACGGGCCCCCCCUCUCGACCGGGGAGGCAGCACUCACCUCCAGCCUGCCGUACGCUGGUGUCAGUUUUUGGAAAGGAAAGGAAGGGCUCCUCUGCCCUGCGUCUCCCUGGGGCUGUGCAGAGUUCGGAAGAGGAUGUAAAUAUGCUGUGCUUGUCUCUUUUGUAUUUUGGUCUAGAAAUGCUAAUUUAAUUUUGAGGAAUGUCCUUGUCUUGGGCGUGCCACUCACAGCCGCUUCUUCCCGUGGGUACAGGGCUGUUCUGGGACUCUGGACACACGCAAACCGCCCCCUGCCUCUUGGCUGGCAGCAAGGUUCCCCACCCCCCUUGCCACCUUCCACCCCCACCCCUGAAUGAUGCUGAUACGGGUGCCGCUUCCUGUCCUGCCCAGGCUGGCCUCCCACGUUGCUGGGCUCUCCUGGUCCAGCCACUGUGGGGGCUGAGUGCCUGGAUGAUGCCCAUGUCCCGUUUUUACAAAUAUCGUCCAGAAAAGUAGGGGUGGCUUCUCCCCUCUAGCUCGGGGGGCAGAGACUGCUCAGCUGCCUUUUCUCAGGCUCCCCUUGGGGCGUGCGGGGAAGACGCCUUCCUUGCUCCUGGCCCUUUUCUACAGAGCUGUGUAGUCUCCUGAC